AAGUGAAUAUCCGGUUAGUUGUCUUUAGUGUCGUUCUUUUUCGGUUUCAGCGGAUGUAAGUGGAAGCAUGACGGGUUUUAGUGAAAAAGCCAUCCUUAUCGAUGGCAGAGGACACUUAUUGGGACGAUUGGCUGCAAUCGUUUCUAAAACUUUAUUACAAGGAAACAAAGUAGUAGUAGUAAGAUGUGAACAAUUAAACAUCUCUGGUAACUUUUACAGAAAUAAGUUGAAGUUUAUGUCAUUCCUUCGUAAAAGAUGUAAUGUAAACCCAGCUCGUGGUCCGUUCCAUUUUAGAGCUCCAUCCAGAAUUUUCUGGAAGACAGUAAGAGGAAUGUUGCCACAUAAAACGGAAAGAGGAAAGCAAGCUCUUCGUAGAUUAAAGGCAUACGAAGGAAUUCCUCCUCCAUAUGACCGUAGGAAGCGUGUUGUCGUCCCUGGAGCUCUUAGAGUAAUUUGUCUCAAACCUGGACGCAAAUUCUGUCAUGUCGGCCGACUUUCCCAUGAAGUAGGAUGGAAGUAUCAAUCUGUUGUAAGGACAUUAGAAAACAAACGUAAAGUUAAGGCUGUCUUGAGUAUUCGCAAACGUGACAAACUCAAGAAACUCACAAAACAAGCUUCAGAAAAGGUCGUCAAACAAACGAAACCUUUCACAGAACUUAUCAAUUCAUAUGGUUAUAAUUAAAUGUUUUAAUUAUUAAAAAACUCUUAAUAAUAGCAGACUUUAA